AUGUUACAGACGUUUCCCGAUGCAAAAGUGCUCUGCGUGGAUCGCGACCCUGAAGUUUUGAGCAUCGCUCGAGCGAAUUUGGCCGACUUUCACACUCGCGUGAGCUUCUGCACGGGAUCGUACGCUGACUUGGCUACGCACUUGAAGCGUGCCGAGUUUCCUGAUGAAGUGGACGGCAUUCUUGUUGACUUGGGGGCCAACAGUUUCCACUUUGAUGCUGCGCGACGUGGGUUUAGUGUAAUGAAAGACGGACCAUUGGACAUGCGAUUUAAUCAGCAAGAUGAAGACCGUCCGACAGCAGCUGAUGCAGUCAAUACGCUGUCCGAAGUCCAGCUUACCAAGCUCUUUAGGAGUUACGGCGAGGAGAAGCUGGCCAAGGAAUUUGCCAAAGCGAUUGUGCGCGAACGCGAGGAACGAGGCAAAGUGUUUACGACGACAAAGGAGCUGCGGGAGUGCAUUGAACGCAUUGCCAAUAUGUGGAAGUCCUCGACAAAAAAGAAGACGGGCAAGCGGGCUACCAAGCUUGGAAGCACUCAUCCUGCUACACGCUGUUUCCAGGCAUUGCGGAUAUAUGUGAAUGACGAGCUCGACCAUGUUGAAAGUGGCGUGAAGCUCCUUGCAAACCAUUUGGCUCCAAAUCGCCGACUUGUGACAAUUGCGUUCCAUUCACUCGAAGAUCGCCCAAUCAAGAAGUUCUUUCGUGAGCUGGAUAAGCAAGGCAGAAUCGACGCGGUCGAGAAUGAAGAGGAUGAGAAUGAGUGGAAGGAUCAAAGCAGCCAUGACGGAGACGACCAUAACGCCAACAUGCUCAGCAAAAAACGCUUUCGUCUUACGCGGCGAAAAGCUACCAAGGCAACACUUGAAGAAAUUGCGGCCAACUCGCGCUCGCGUGGCGCACGCUUGCGCUGUCUCGAGCGUAUCCAGUAA